AUGUCGGACAGAACAGCGGACCAGGUAAUCCGUAUUGAGGACUCACAAGAGCACAGUCAGCAAGUGAUUAUGAUACCUGGCACGGAUGAACAGACCAGUGGGUCUUCAGACAGCGAGGAAUUUAUUCAGGAGUCCAACACCGAAGAAGCGAUCAUCAUGAGCCCGGAGAGCGAGGAAAAGAUGCACGGCGCAGGCCGCGACGAGAAAGUUGUCAUGAUUCCAGACGGUGAGGAAGAGGUGGACAGUAUACGAGAGGCCAUCGUUGACUUCGCACGAUGGCUGAUUACAUCCUCAAGACGUCCCAACUCCAAAGCCCACUCCAUCUUCGACUACCCUUGGCUCGGCCCACCUACCAACAAUGUAUGGCGCCCAUGGGAAGACCAGUCCCGAAUCAAUUCAACCCUCGGAGGCAUUCCCCAUGCAGUGACAGCCGCCUACCUCGGCGAGCGGCAAGUCAAAAGAAGCAAGACAGACUGCCGCCAUCGGGUCAGGCUCCACACUGAUCGCGCAGCUGGAGGUAAGAUACUUCCAACAUGCUGGACAGGUCAUGGAAGAAAGAUCAGCCUGAAGGAUCUUGGAGGUGAUGAGUGGGACGAGUUGGCGUUAUUCAGAUGGAAUCAACGUGGUUUGAGCCCACGAGUGUUCUGUGAUGAGAGGACUUCGUGGGGGUUGGAGGAUUGUCUGAAGCAGAUGGGUGCAUUCGAUCGAGACGUGCUCAAGUUUGCUGUUGAGAGGAUCAUGAAGAAGAGGGUUCAGCGGAAGAGGGAAGCGAAGGCGAGGAUGAGGAUGAGGCACAGUCAAGGCUGGUACAUAAGCGAUGCUGGGGAUCCUUCACCGCUCCUUUCUCCGGUAGCGAAACGGUGA